UAAUACAUCUAAUAAUGGUAGAAGUUUAUUGGUGUUUACAUUUAGGAUGCAGGCUAAGCACCUAACACUUGCUACCAACUGAAAGGAACUAGCCAACAAACCCCCUGACUAUUGCAUUCGCUUCAUUUUUAAGGAUUAACCACUUGAUCUCGACUUAUAUAAUACUGUAUAUAACACUACUAAUUUCCUAAAAAAAUCAAGAAAUCAUCUGAUCUUCACUGUCAUCAAUGGCUUCCAUCGAUGAAAUCGAAUUCGAUUCAAGAUUCAUCAGAAUCUACAAAAGCGGCCUAAUUCAACGUCUAAUACCUUCUGAUUUCGUCCAGCCUUCCAUCGACCCAGAAACCCGAGUUUCAUCAAAAGACACGACAAUCAAUCCACAAACAUCUCUUUCGGCUCGAAUCUACCUCCCAAACCUCGCUCAUUCCCCGAGUUCAAGACUCCCCCUUAUCAUUUACUAUCACGGCGGAGCCUUUUGUCUCGGAUCAGCGUUCAGUUCAUUUACACACAACUAUCUCAACCCUCUCGUUGCUCAACUCAACGUUGUGCUCGUCUCGGUCGGCUACAGGCUCGCGCCUGAGCACCCAAUCCCUGCAGCAUACGACGACUCGUGGGAAGCUCUAAAAUGGGCUGUAGCCCAUGUAAACGGAGAAGGCCCGGAUGAUUGGCUCUCAGCCCACGCAGAUUUUGACAGGCUGUUUUUGGCGGGAGAUAGUGCUGGAGGAAAUAUAGCGCAUAAUGUGGCGAUGAGAGCAGGAACGGAACGGGUCGGUGACGGGGUGGAGAUCGAAGGAUCAGUUAUAAUACAUCCGUACUUCUUGGAGGGAAAGAAGAGUAAUUCUACUGAGGAUAUGGAGAAGAUGUGGAGGAUGACGUGUCCUUCGACGACAGGGCUUGAUGAUCAUCGGAUAAAUCCGAUGGCCCAGAUGGCGCCGACUUUGAGGGGGUUGGGGUGUAGAAGAGUGCUGGUUUGUUUGGGAGAGAAGGACUUUUUGAGGAAGGGAGGGAGGAGUUAUUGUGAGAGGCUGAUGGAGAGCGGAUGGGAAGGGGAGGGGGAGGUGUUUGAGACUGAAGGAGAGGGGCAUGCGUUUCACGUGUUUGAUGUUGGGAGUGAGAAAGCAAUCGCACAAACUAGGAAAAUUAGUGACUUUAUUAAUGGUAUUUAGGCUGUUGUCGGGUU